AAGUUGUCUGUUACAUCAACCAGAUGCAAGGGCAAUCCUGUGUGUCCUUUCAAAGACAGCGCUAAGACCUACCUUGCUGCUGCACAGCAGUCUUACAUAGAGGCCUACAAGCUGUGGAGAGGGGAGUCCGAAGGGUUUUUUGGAUUUAUUGCUCAUAGGAGGAUACUACAGAUUCUAAGCAUAUUCAGUAAGGUUCACCACCACAACCCAAUCAACAGCAACUAUGUCAGACCUCUGUGUUGGAAUCAACGGAUUUGGCCGUAUUGGCCGCCUGGUCCUCAGGGCCUGCCUGCAGAAGGGAAUCAAAGUUGUUGCCAUCAACGAUCCCUUCAUCGACCUGCAGUACAUGGUUUACAUGUUCAAGUAUGACUCCACCCACGGCCGUUACAAAGGUGAGGUGAGCAUGGAGGAUGGGAAGCUGAUUGUGGACGACCACUCCAUCUCCGUAUUCCAGUGUAUGAAGCCCCAUGAGAUCCCAUGGGGUAACGCCGGUGCCGAUUACGUCGUUGAGUCCACCGGAGUCUUCCUCAGCAUUGACAAGGCCUCUUCCCACAUCCAGGGUGGUGCCAAGCGGGUGGUUGUGUCUGCCCCCUCCCCCGACGCCCCCAUGUUCGUCAUGGGAGUCAACGAGGACAAGUACGACCCCUCCAGCAUGACCAUCGUCAGUAAUGCAUCUUGCACGACUAACUGCCUGGCCCCCCUGGCUAAGGUCAUCCACGACAACUUCGGCAUCGAGGAGGCCCUCAUGACCACAGUCCACGCCUACACCGCCACCCAGAAGACUGUGGACGGCCCAUCUGCCAAGGCAUGGCGCGAUGGCCGUGGUGCCCACCAGAACAUCAUUCCUGCCUCCACCGGAGCUGCCAAGGCUGUGGGCAAGGUCAUCCCUGAGCUCAACGGCAAGCUGACUGGCAUGGCCUUCCGUGUGCCCGUGGCUGACGUGUCAGUGGUGGACCUAACCUGCCGCCUGUCCCGGCCCGGCAGCUACGCUGAGAUCAAGGAGGCUGUCAAGAAGGCCGCUGAAGGACCCAUGAAGGGAUACCUGGGGUACACUGAGGACUCUGUUGUGUCUUCUGACUUCAUUGGAGACACCCACUCCUCCAUCUUUGAUGCUGGCGCCGGUAUCUCCCUCAACGACAACUUUGUCAAACUCAUUUCCUGGUAUGACAAUGAGUUCGGCUACAGCCACCGCGUCGCUGACCUGUUGCUGUACAUGCAUUCUAAGGAGUAACUUUCCGACACCAGAAAGCUGCAAUGGGACCCACCUCCCUUUUACAUGCACUCACACCCUCCAGUGUCACACCCCUAGUACACCCAGCCCUCCACCACUCUCUACAACACAACUUAGUCUCUGUAGUAGGCUGUGUGUACGAGUAUUUGUUUUUUCCUUAAUGAAAAAGUCCCACUUUGAGACUGUUUUGACUUGACAGUAUGAGUUUCUGUCUUCCCAGAGCAUUGCCGUAGAUGUUUCCAUACUGGCUGUUACCAUGUAAUAUUGGUGUUAAAGAUUUCUAGUUUAAGAGUCAAGUGAGAAAGACAAGCUACUGUAACUAAAAAAAAAUAAUACUUGUGUAGAAUCUUUACAAAUGUCUCUGUCUUGCCUUGUUGUUGUUCAUGUUUCCUGUUUGCCAGUGUUAUAAGACCAUGUUUUCACACAAUGGCAAAUAAGUUGUCAUCUGCAUUCAAGAUAAUCAACAGGAUGCAGUACAUGAAGAUGAUGCAUUAUAAAGUGACAAUUGUAUGA